GUGCAUGACGUCAGUGAAUGACCAGGCAGAGACUCCCCGGACCAUCCCUGGCGUCCGGGAGAUGCUGGGGGCUGCGGCUCGGGGGCGCGGAGACGCCAGCGCUGUCUGCCAAUGGGACGCCGAUUCACAUUCAACUUCGCUUUUUCUUUACUUCUUUUAUUUUAACAAUAUUACUUUAUAAAUCGAGCAAACACUUAAAGAAUUUAUAGAACGCAGUGCAGUUUUGCACCUUCGAUUAAGAUGCAUUUCAAAGCAGCUGUCGUUUUUACUCUAUUUACGUUGUGCAGCAGCUCAAACACAUCGAAUCACUUCAAUGGUAAGAUCGGCAGAGCUUUUCCUGGCUUCUUGAAAGCUCUGGAUGAGCCCAUUGAUUACCUGGAUGUGCAAGAAGAAAGCGGAUCUGGGUUCAGCUCUGAUCACCCAAAAGAACAUAAACCUGCAGUUGUGAAGAAGGGCUACCAUGUCACCCAAAAAGUAGCAGAGUUCCUCACCGGACCUGUGAUGACUGUCUUCAUCCCCUGGGUGUACAUCCUUGUCUUCGUCGUCAGUAUUCCCCUGAACCUGCUUGCCGUCUUCAUGUUUGCAUGCAGGGUACAGUCCAAGAAGCCAGCAGUGAUCUUCAUGCUGAACCUGGCAGUGGCUGACCUGCUGUUUGUGCUGCUGCUUCCCUUCAAGAUGUCCUACCAUUUCAAUGGCAACAACUGGACUUACGGGCAAACCACGUGCAGCCUCAUCACGGCCGCUUUCUAUUGUAAUAUGUACUGCUCCAUCCUGCUGAUGAUGUGCAUUAGCGUAGACCGCUUCUUGGCGGUAGUGUACCCCAUCGAAUCUCUGGCCUGGCGCAGUCGACAGAAUGCGAUGGUGGUCUGCGGCGUUAUGUGGUUAUUGGCAAUAGCUGGCGUGGUGCCCAUUCUGCUGUCCAAGCAGACCACCCACCUCGAAGAGCUGGGCAUCACCACCUGCCAUGAUGUGAUGGAUAUCCAACAACUGCGGGGCUACUAUCUCUACUUCUUCCCCAUAUUCUGCUCGAUCUUCUUUUUUGUACCUCUUGCCUUCACUGUAGUCUGUUACGCGCGCAUCAUUCAGGCUCUUCACGCUACCAGCGACUCUGCCUCUAUGCCCAAAAAGCGUCGGGCAGUGUUUAUGGCAGCCGCCGUGUUAGUGGUCUUUGUGGUCUGCUUCACGCCCACAAAUAUCAUCUUGAUGGUGCACUAUGUGCAGCUGGCCCGAAGCAGCCACAGCUCCUAUGCAGCCUACCUCCUGGCCACAUGCAUCGGCAGCGUCAGUUGCUGCCUGGACCCUUUAAUCUACUACUUCGGGUCAUCGCAGUGCCGGAAACAAGUAGCCGCCAUCCUGCCCCGCUCAGCCUUGAAGGAGUCAGACAAGGAGCUUCAUGCCAGCAGCACCAGGUCCAGCAAGAUGGCGACCUUCUGGCACAGUGAAGAAAAGCAGUACAAGAAGCUGGAAGCCUGAUUGUGCCAUCAGAUGGACUUCUACUGUUUAUGACGCUAUGAGAAAAAAUGACUGUGUUAAAAGCACUUUUUCAUCAAAUUAAUGCUACACUUUAUAGGUAUUAAAAGUGUUAAGAUCACAGGUCAUAAUCCAGUCUGAGUAUACAAAUAACACUCAGUUCCAAAUAUUAAAAAUAUUAUGUGCAACAACAUGUAGGUAUUGUUUUAAUAGAAAAUGUUUUUUUAGUUAAUAAUAUUUUGUUUUUUAUAUUAAUUACCUUUGAUAUUAUAUGAAAUAUAUGUUCUGGUUUGGAUUGUGUGGCAGUACCAUCUGCCAAAAGUCAACUGUCACAUUUCUUAUAAAUUGUCAUUGAUGUCACUUUCAUGUGGUUAGGAUUUCCUUCAUGCACCUAGUUACUGUAUAACUGGUUACUAAGGGAAGGACAUUUUUAACCUAUCAUAACAAUGCAAGGACCUUCAAGGACCUUUGGUGUUAAAUAUAUGUUCAUUAUUCUGGCAGUAUAUCUCCUGCAGUUUGAAUGUUUAUACUACAGUAUUUUUAUAAUACGUAUUCAUAGUAUUAUGUGCCUGUGUUUAACGUGUAGUAGCCCUUGUCUUGGUGUUAUACUGGAACACAAACAGUAUUCAUUGAAAAAUGUACUAUGUUUGUGCCUCUGUGUUCUUAUAUGAUUAAGCCGUAAUGUAAUGUGACGUACAGUCUGUUACUCAUUUAUAAAUUACAGGAUUUAUUUCACUAAA